UCCUUUUUGACCCCUACGGGCCCGUGGCGACCUUCCCUUCCCUUGUUCCUAAUUUCUUCACCUUGAUCGACCAAACUCCCCACCAACAACCCAACCCUUCCGAGUCUUUGCCUCCAUUCCAUUUUGUUUCCCGAAAUCUUGAUCCUUGUUCUCGGAGCUCUAUCUCGUCGUCAUGGCGGUGGUUUCGCCUCCGCCUAGCAGAUCUAUACCUCUCUCUCGUUCUGCAUCUCCAGCCACUUCCUCCCCCUGUUCUCCUUCUAUAUCAAGCUCCAUGGUGUGUUCUUCCAAGAGCCGUCGUGGAUCCAGGCUCCGGAUCGUCUCCGGAUUCGGAAUCAAGCUACGUAGUAGCCCGGAUCCGGAAGAAGGGGGGAAUGCAUCGCUGGAGUACUUAAGCCGCGGCCAUGUUGUGGGUAGCGUCGGAGAGAAAGAAGACGAGAGAUGGAUUGGGGGGGAUGGAGGAAGAAGGAUGAGGAGAAAGAGGAGGGUGGCGGUGAUGUGCAGCGCCGGCUUGGAGGGGAUCGGGGGGAGGAGCAGAGAGCUGGCAAGGGAGGAAGGGUUCGUGAUCCCGGAGAGAGCGAAGUUGGUCUCGCUGGUGGCGAUGGCCAUGUGCCUCUGCAACGCGGAUCGGGUGGUGAUGUCGGUGGCCAUCGUCCCCCUCGCCUCCAGAUACGGCUGGUCCAGCUCCGUCCUGGGGAUCGUCCAGUCAUCAUUUUUAUGGGGAUACCUGGUCUCAUCCAUCGUGGGAGGAGCUCUCGCGGACAGAUACGGUGGGAAGCGAGUGCUGGCGUGUGGGGUGGCCCUCUGGUCCGUCGCCACCUUCCUCACUCCAUGGGCUGCCGACCAUUCCACCGCGAUGCUUCUGGCGGUCCGUGCGCUCUUCGGCCUUGCAGAAGGCGUCGCCUUCCCUUCCAUGAGCACGCUCUUAUUCAGGUGGUUCCCAGGCCAUGAACGAGCUACUGCUGUGGCUAUUUCCAUGGCUGGUUUUCAUCUAGGGAACGUCAUAAGCUUUCUCGUCUCUCCAAUUAUAUUGUCGAGGGUCGGGGUGAAUGGUUCUUUUGCUUUCUUCGCAUCCCUUGGAUUCAUUUGGCUGUCCUCUUGGGUGUUCGGGAUCACAAAUGAUCCUCGUGAUAGUCCUCGCAUCAGCCAGGCGGAGCUGCACCUAAUUCGAGCUGGGAAGACUGACUCCAAAAUGGAGGCCUGCACACUUCCAUCCGUGCGGCACUUGCUAUCCAGGACCCCGUCAUGGGCCGUUAUGCUUGCUAAUGUUGCCAAUAAUUGGGGCUACUUUGUGCUUCUCUCGUGGAUGCCCGUGUACUUCAAGACUGUUUAUAAUGUGAAUUUGAAACAAGCCGCAUGGUUUAGUGCUGUGCCCUGGGGAGUGAUGGCCCUGUCUGGUUACAUAGCAGGAGCUUCUUCAGACUUCCUGAUCAAAUCAAGUUGCUCCGUGACACAAGUUCGAAAGUUAAUGCAGUCAAUUGGUUUCAUUGGGCCAGGGGUGUCGCUGUUGUGCUUAAAAUAUGCCCAAACACCUACGGCGGCUGCCGUUCUCAUGACUAUUGCCCUCAGCUUAAGUUCUUUCAGCCAAGCAGGCUACUUCCUCAACAUACAGGAUAUUGCUCCCAAAUAUGCAGGAUUUCUUCAUGGGAUAACAAACUCGGCCGGCACACUUGCUGCUAUAAUCAGCACCAUAGGGACCGGCUACUUCGUGCAGUGGUUGGGAUCCUUCCAGGCCUUCCUCACACUGACGGCAGUCGUCUACUUCAGCACCACCGUCUUCUACAACCUUUAUGCGACAGCAGAACAAGUUUUCUUCUAAUUUUUUUAAUGAUUUCAUUUUGCAUCAGACAGAUGUGUCUCUUCACUUCAUCCCUCUGUUUGAUAGGAUGAGCAAAAUCAAUAAGUAGAGAUAUUCUGCCGCAAUUUUUCAAAUUCUACGUUAUAGCAAAACCUGGCAGAGUAAUAUCAUAAAAA